CCUGAGUCCCCCCAGACCCCUUCCAUUGGAAAGGAAUAACUUCCCCGAGGAUUUCUGUUGUUCUUUACUGUUGGCCUGGAGUGAGAUCUUUGCCUUUUAAAUCACACAGUUUUUCUGCUCAUUUUUUUUUUUAAGCAGCAGCAACAAAAUUAUUACAAGCAGCAGCCCUGUACUCACCUACUCAAAAAUAAACCAUCCCUCCCCCAGAAACGAAAGUGAUCGCAGGGAGUGAGCUUAACCUGAUCCGAAAGCAAAGCAAAACAAAAAGCCUCGGCUUGCCUCGAGCUGCGUGGAUUCUCCAGCCCAGAUGGAAAUACACUGUAAGCACGACCCGUUUGCAGCGAUGCAUAGACAUGGAGGAGUGAAUCAGUUAGGGGGUGUUUUUGUGAAUGGUCGACCACUCCCUGAUGUAGUCCGCCAAAGGAUUGUGGAACUUGCCCAUCAAGGUGUCAGACCCUGCGACAUUUCCAGGCAACUACGGGUCAGCCAUGGCUGUGUCAGCAAAAUUCUUGGCAGGUACUAUGAGACUGGAAGUAUUAAACCUGGAGUUAUCGGGGGAUCAAAACCAAAGGUUGCCACACCCAAAGUAGUAGAAAAAAUUGCAGAAUAUAAACGCCAAAACCCCACCAUGUUUGCCUGGGAGAUCAGGGACAGACUUUUAGCAGAGAGAGUAUGUGACAACGACACGGUGCCCAGUGUUAGCUCAAUUAACAGGAUUAUACGGACAAAGGUACAGCAACCACCCAACCAGCAAGUCCCAGCCUCCAGUCACAGCAUAGCCUCCACGGGUUCUGUGACACAAGUGUCCUCAGUAAGCACAGACUCAGCAGGCUCCUCCUACUCCAUUAGUGGAAUUCUGGGAAUUACAUCUCCCAGCGCUGAAAGCAACAAACGCAAAAGAGAUGAAGUCUCAAUUACAGGGAGAGUGCAGCAGGAAAAAGAAUGGCAGUUUUUGCAUCCUGGUAUUCAGGAGUCUCCAGUACCAAAUGGCCAUUCUCUCCCGGGUAGAGAUUUCCUUCGGAAACAGAUGCGGGGAGAUCUUUUCACCCAGCAGCAGUUAGAAGUGUUGGAUCGAGUCUUCGAAAGACAACACUAUUCUGACAUCUUCACAACAACUGAACCCAUAAAACCAGAGCAGUGGUGCUCCAUGCUGAUGAGACAAUACUUGGUGCAACCCCAGGCAGUCAUUUUUCAGUCAACAGAGUACUCUGCCAUGGCAUCACUAGCUGGUGGAUUAGAUGAUAUGAAGGCCAAUUUAACAAGUCCAACUUCAGCAGAUAUAGGAGCCAGUGUUCCAGGGCCACAAUCUUAUCCUAUUGUGACAGGUCGUGAUUUGGCAAGCACAACCCUCCCUGGAUACCCUCCACACGUCCCCCCUGCUGGACAGGGCAGCUACUCUGCUCCAACGCUGACAGGGAUGGUGCCUGGGAGUGAGUUUUCUGGAAGUCCAUACAGCCAUCCACAGUAUUCAACAUACAAUGAUUCCUGGAGAUUUCCUAAUCCUGGAUUGCUAGUGAAGAACAAUAUGCACAUUUUGAAAAGUGGGGAAACAGUGAGGGAUGAACACACAGACCAUGAACAGAUUGAUUUUGCUUGGACCAAGGAACAAUUUCUGUAUUUCAGAAAUAGUUAUAUUUUUGUGUUUCAAAAUCUGAAUACAGGCAAACCUUGUUACUCGUGGGGGUUCUGUUCCAUGCCUACUACUGCUCUCCUUACUAUUACAGUGCUGCAGCCCGUGGAGCAGCACCUCCAGCAGCUGCUGCUGCUUAUGACCGUCACUGACACAAGGAACCAAGAAGCACUUAUCAAACAUAUCAUGCCGGAUGACACCAUGGAAACCUCCUAGAACGCAACUGCAGAAAUCAGACUACAAGGACAGACAAGAGAAAAUAUCCUGUAUGAACCCAUGCAAUGAUUGGAAUGUUAUUCUUUCAGCUAGGUGAAAUGAUUAUUACUUACUCUUUUUAUUCAAUGAAAUUCUAGUGACCUUAACUGAAUCUCCCAUAAAAAAACAACCAACCAACCAAUCAGUGUUGCUGACAUUCCCUGAGUUUUGCAAGUCAUGAGUUACACACAUGCUUCCUGCUUCUGGAUCGACUAGUUGCCUCUGGUUCUCCUAGUUAUGACAGGGGAACAGGAAGUUCUAAUGUUGAGCAGUCCUCUGAGGGGUGUCUCUUUGUAAAGUGCAUUGUACAGGAUUUGUGAUUCAACACAAACUGUCUGGGUUGGGUUUAUUUCAGGAGGGGGCAUUAAAGAGCAACUGGACUGCUCACAUGACAAAGCACCAAUGUAAAUAACUUGCUUUUUUGUGUUACUGUGGAGUGGCUUAACAUACAACAGCAACAUGAAACAAAUGAGCUCAUGUCAAAACACACUGGAAAAAUGUGUUUUGCAACUAGUGCACUGACUCCAAGAAUUCAGUAAGCUUUAAACCAACUCUUAACCGUUGUGGCUAUUUCUGGGGCUGCUGUUCUUUCUAGAUACAUGCUCCUAAUCUGACAGUCAUGUAGGCAUGUGUGCUUCAUAUGGUGGCAUCAAAUAUGUGGUCAAAUGGCAGACAUGGACAGUUAGAGACAUUUUAGCUGCUCAGUAUUAAUUUAUGCUUAUUUGUAGUCACAGCACUGGUACACACAUUCUGGCUUUAAGUUCAAUUAAAAAUCAAAGAAGGAAUUCCAAAUGACCGAAGCCUUAUAUAUAUUGAAAUGGAUCUCCCAAGGUGAUAUUUUCCUAAACUACUUUCACAAAUAUUGGUAACUGGAGGCUGUCAUGAAAACCACACUAUAUAACUCUGGUUUCUAAAAUCAAUCUGUUUUGGAAGUAAUUAAGUUUUGGGAUACUUAUAGAUCUAAGAGAAGACAUAUUUCACAACAUCUCUAAAACAACAUGGACCACAAUAAAUUUUCCUCAACUGGAGCCGAUAAUUUAAGGGAUAAAUUUGCUCUAUUAUUGCGUAGAUUCUCAUCUUCAUUUUCAAAAAGGGAAUUAAUAGUGCUGAGUGACAAUUUGUACAGUGUUUUGUGCAUUCCAUGCAUAUAGAAUGGAGUCUACAAAUGCUAAGAUAGACAUUAAUCAGUUGUGAUGCCAGAAAACUCCCUUAACUUAAAAUUAACUCCCAUUUUUUGUUAAAUCACAUGAUUGGUUACUAAAAAGAAGAAGAGAAAAUAACUGAAAACCCCUUUCUCCCAAAAGCCAAUGGAAUAAAAACUGAGUGAUGUUUGUGAAAGUGUCACAUGCCUGACCAUAAUAUAUGUCCUACAUAUAAAACAAUUAUUGUACAUUUAUUAUGUUAAGAAAUGUUCAGCUACAGCAUGCUUUUCUGCUUCUUCUUGGGCAUACUAAGAAACAAUCAUUAUGUUCAGGGACAGAUAGCAUCUGUUGAGCCCUGCUUAAAUUUUCGUUUAGAGCAAAACUAGAUGUUCAGCUGGGAGCCUGGGUUUCUGCUGAACAGCCGUGGGAAGAAGCAGUUUUGAAAGGCGAGCUUCAUGGAGAGAGGUAUGCCUAACCUUCCCUCCCUCACCACUUCUCUUCAGAACUUCUCUCCCCAGUAAUGUUUCCCCAGCUGAGGCUCCAAGAUGCACAUUUGCUGGGAGAAAAUGGCUGGAGUGGAGUAGUACAGAAGAAGAGUGAAGAAUGGAGAAGGAUUAAGCAUCCUCUUCUAGCAGCUGCUUCUCCUCUUCAAAUCAUACUCUCACACCACCUUUCAGAUGCUUGGCAAGAGACUUGGAUCGACACUGAAUGUCUAGUUUAGUCCUUAGACUGUAAAUUACAAUGAAAGACCCUUCUGCAUGUUUAAUUUCCAAAGCGCUAUUGAAGAUAACCUGCUUCUUUCUGUUUAUCAUAUAGCAUGUAACCUUUUCCAGUUCAUUUAAACUGUAGGGAUAGGCCAUAUUAUUUGCAAAUAAAAAGUCAGUGACUGAUACACCGUGUAGGAUUCCACAGAUAUUUUGUGCAUUGUGGGUUAUCCUGCAGCUUCCAAAUCCAGAUUGCAUUAGAAUGCACUUGUGCAAACACUGAAAUUGUGCAAAGGGGUUUUGUGAGCACAAGGUCAUUAUUUCUCAUGGCUGUGUGAUUGUGCAACUUCCUUGUGCAAUUUUGGCAUUUGCAUAAGUGCACUCUAGUGCAACACAUUUGGAAGAUGUAGCAGCGCCCACAGUGUACAAAAAACCUGAGGAAUGUGAGGGAAUCUAAGAUGCAAAGAUAAUCCAGUGGAUCAACUCCAAUCCUUCCAGCAUUCAUAGCAAUGUUGCAGAGCUAUAAGAUGCCAGGGGUUUCAUAGAAUGUCUUCUGGUCCCAAAAAACAUUCUGGAUUAUCAUCCUGAGAUAGGUAUGUCAACCAUAGGUAUGCCUCAUACAUUACCAACUAAUGAGACAUCUGCAUCACUACUCGAUUGCUUGUUUCCAUAAACAGAUUGCUAUUUGCUGCAUUGUUAUUUAAGAAUCAUAACAGGGACUUAAGUCUCUUUACAAUAACAGUAUUAAGAGGCCUUAGUGUAUUCUGUCACUGUAUAGACUGUAAUAAAAGUCUAAUUUACAUAACACUAAGGACACUCCACAAUUUGGAGAAAGAUACGCAGCACUUACUGGGGAUGUGUGUUGGGUUCUGGCAUGCCACAUCCACAGGCUGGAAAGAAAACUGGCCUAAAAGCCUCUGUAUGGCUAUUUCAGUUCUGCUGCUGAAAGGAAACACAAUUUGGUCAAAUUUUCAAUCUUUGUGUUUGUGUGAGACAAAAGAGAAGGAUUUCCUCUUAACCAUCUCUUUUGUCUCACACAAACACUAAUAGCUUCUUCUGUGACUGAAGGGGAAAUUAGUUUUUCCUCAGUUCUAAAAAUGUUACAUACAAUAGAAUGUGACAUAUAAAAAGGUUAGUUUCUCAGUCAUUUCUGGUAGUAACACAACAAAACAAAACACUUUCAUUUUUUCCAACACCACCACCCUUUGUGAAAGAAUAUACUACAUUUUGUCUGACAAAAAAGAUCAAAACUCAGUUUUGGAAUGCAGAUUCAUCAACUUUAGCAAUUAAAUUGACUUCUGUUUUGUUUUGUUUUUUAAUUAGAAAAUUUGCUAUAUGUUGGCUGGAAUUUUGGCCUAUGAAGAACAGCCAGUUAACCCCCUUUCCUAGAACACAGUUAUACAUGGAUGUGGACAGCUGGCUGAAAGUCUGGCCAAUUCAACCUGUAUGACCAGAGGCGAGUCAUUAACAUUUAGUUUAUUGCAACAAGUCUGAAGUUGUAAGAAGCUGCUUUUCUGGGCACAAUUUGCUGGGACCACCUGUGUAAGCCUCUUUAAAUGAGAUUUAACCCCCCAAAUAUCCUGGUAGGUUGCUGAUGCAGUAAGAUGGGGAAUUGUGGGAGCCAUUCCCUGCUGUGCAGAGGGGUUGCGACAAGGCCUAGCUUCCACCAAACUCCUGUCACCCCAAAACCUUUGGUCUCACUGAAGUUAAGAAAUGCUUUCACAUUCCUUCUGUGUGUAGGUAAAUUUAAUAUUUCAUAAAUUAUCAGCAGGCAUGUAAUAUAUUCAGUCAGAGUGAGUCCUACAACAUAACAUUUAUAAGCAUAUAUAUUAGGCAGCAGGAGGGGUUUUUGGGUGGGGUUUUUUUUUUUGUUUUUACAUAGGACUGGAGGGGCUCAGUCCUACACACUUCACACUUUCCUCUGUUACUUUCUCAGUGUGGAAGAAACAAAAAUAGGGGGUUCAAUUUUGAACCAACUGGUAAAUUUCAAGCCAUGGAUUAACAAAAGGAAAGCUCUGCUGGCUCAGGCCAAAGGCUGAUUCAUUCAGUCCACCCUCCUGCCUCACAGUGAGCAGCCAGGUGCAUCUGGAAAGCCUGCAAGUGGAGGAAAGAGGGCAACACCUCCGCUCCCUUCACGUCCCCUAGCACCCAGUAUUCAGGGACAUGCCACCUCUGAUCCUGAUAGAAAUAUGCUGUUGCCAAGGCUAGUCGCCGUGGAUAGCCCUGUCCUCCUUUUCAGAGAAGAUCUGGAAAAGGAUUCUUCUUUGUCUGUGUCCCAAUACACAUUUUAAUGGUCCUGAUGCAGAACAUGCCACUACUGGCAAUGUCAGCAUCCCCAAACCCCAAAUAUGUUAUAAACUUUUCUCAGAGCCAAUUUAGACAAUCAUAUUUAUUAUUAUUUGAUAACUAUAACCAACAUGGGAUCACUUGGUUGUGCAAAACAAUGGUCACAGAUCAACUGCCACAUUUGUGGUUCACUCAUUUACUUAUCUUGGAGUCUCAUAAGCACAAUGGGGUAGAAAAUAGGCAUGUAUUGAAAUAAUACGUUACCCAUAAUGUAUGAGUGUACAUUCAUACACAUUUGCACCAAACAUCUAUAGUCCUCCACCCCCUCCCCCUUUUUUGAGAUGCAAAGAUUGCAGGGACAAAGUGUAUACACAUACAGAGGUCUGCACAUAUACCUACAUCACACUUUAUAUUGUGCACAUGGCUGGGUUCUGCCCCAUCAUGUCUGUGGAAUUCCUGGAUAGAUGAGUGUAUGGCUCAGUCCACAGAGCUUAUUAUUAUGUGAACACAGUGCCUAUCAAUGAAAGUAAGCUAAUCAGUGUGUUCUGGUCAUGCCACUUUGCUAACAUGUAAACAACCACCACACUGAGGAGGGAACAUGGUUUUCCCCCAUGCUAUGAUUAUCCUGCCCUCAGAUACCAGAAUGGCAUUAGACUGGACCACACUGAAGCAGUUCCCCACUGCAAAGUCAGUAUUAGUUACAAUCAUUUGCUCCCAUUGCUGAAAAGUUCUUAGGAACCUUUUCAUCUAGCAACUCCACUCACAUUAGUGAAGUUAGGUCAAGAACAUCAAGUAAACUAUACAUCAUGUAAAUAGCCAGACAUGCUUAUUUAGUUUUAAUAGUAGUCCUGUAUCCUUUGCCUUCAUAAUGUGAUAGAUAUUUUCCUUCUCUGAGACUCUUCUAGGGACACUUUACAGAAGGCUUAGCUACACACAGAAUGCUUCCAUGCUUGCUAACAUAAGGGAUAGUAGUUCCCUGGAAUUAGAGAUAAUUUUAAAGGAGUCCUAUUGCUUACAGGGAAAUAGUUGGAGGCAAUAAAACUCCAGUCCUGAAAUCACUUACUCUGGGAGACUUCCUGCAGCUUUAACUGUGAAAUUCAUGGUUUGAUGGUGACAGCAAUCAUUCAUGUCUGUUUAAUAUUGAUGGGUCACUCUCAAAAGAUUUGGAGGUGUGACUCUUUUUUGAUAAGCCCUAAAAAGUGUGGAUGCUUAUCUGAAGCAUCUCCAGUUCUUUUGAGGUUUAAAUUUUUCAUUCCCUUUACUGAUUGUGAAGCUUUUUCCAGUGGAGCUAGAUUAAAUAUAGCCUAUCUUGAGGGUGGGUGCAUGAUGGAUAUACCCUGUAUAGUCCUAUGUUUUACAACUUCACUAUGAUACUUUACCCUGGCUAGGACUCCUUUAUAAAAAUUAUUGACAGAUCUCAAACUAUGUAAGGUUCACAUGGGAAAACUGAAACUUCAGAGAUUUUAUUUUGAAAUUGAAUUUUCAAUUCCUUCUACAAUGCUUCAUGUCACUAUUAUCAUUGUAGAUUCAAAGGUUUAUCUUGAUGGCUGACAUGACGAGGAAAAUUACUCAAAGUUAGGCAUUGACUAACUUGUCCUUUUAAUUUCAGUGGGACUUUGAGUAAUUUUCCUCAUGUCAGCCUGUUUUCUUUUUAAAAGCACCAGCUUUGUGCUUUCUGAAGAAAAAAGCAUCUCUAGGCAUAGAAAAACAAUUUAAUUCCUAUAUUUAAAUAGUAAAAUAACCAUUCCCUAAAGUUAUUGAUUCUGGGGAGUUCUCUUGCUUUAGCACACCUUAAACCAGGAGAGAGCAUUUAAAAUCUUUCCUUAUGCCACUAAAAUAAACAGCCACCCUGAAUAAAGACUGGCCUUAAGCAUCUUCAUCUUUGCAGCUUCACCUGGUAUGAAUUUUGGCAUAUCAGUCAAAAAUUUACAUUUCUUUUGGGAGUGGAACAGAAAAGGGACCCAUAAAUGGACUCUCUUAUUCUCAAGUCAGAUUAUAACGUAAUGACACUGGCUGAUAUUGAGAGCAGCUGAGCACUUGCAGGAGGAUAUUGGGCUAAUGCAAAAUGGUUUCCCCACGUCUGGAGUUUGCGGGGCUUCAAACUAGUGUGGUUAGCAAGCAUGCUUGCAGUUGUGCAACAAUUCUGCAAUGGUGGCAUGCCUCAUUUGUUGGAAUGGGAACUUUUGUGCAAGAGUGCCAUAGCACUGUUCUACUCUUGCACACAUCCCUGAUUUUUAACACAACUAAGCUAACUUUUUGUACUACAGCCAAAUUUGCUCUUUCCACAAGCACUUAGUUGCUCUGGAUGUCAGAAACUCUUUCAUUGUAUUUAUGGAAGAGGGAAGCUGAAAUAAUCAGUAGUCAACUUCAAUAGAUUUACAUGCAAAGAAGACAUCUUUUAGUAUUCUUUGAGCAUGCACGAACAGAUAAAGUUUCAGUAUGAUCAAAACCACUUGAUGUCAUUUUACAGCUGGCUUUAAUAUGGUUGACAUGGCAAUUCUGGAUAAAAUAUAGCACGAGAGAUGUGGCAACAGAAAUAUCUUGAAAGUCUCAGUGGACUUGGUUGUCAGCUUACACUUUAGUCUUAGCCUAGGUCCUCAUGUAGCUCAGCAAAACAACCAAGAAAGUAGACAGACUAUGGAGCACAUUUAUGGCCAAUGUGUGGUGCCUGUGUGUCCAAGCACAAGUAUGAGUGUGUGUGCAUGUGUUGGCUUCAACACUCCAUGAACCCACAUGAAGAAAUUGGUCAAAAACUCAUUACAGCCACCAUCUUUCCAAUUAAUUUAUCAGGUUUGCAACUACACUGCCAGUUUUUGGAAUUUUUUACUUUGAAAGGUAAAAUCAGCCAAAAGGCACUUGAACACAUAUUACUUUUUUACUCCUUGGUUUUUGUAUCAAGCGGUGUAACUGCUUCUAGGCAGCUGUAAGCCUGCCUCUAAGCAAUCGGUAGGGGUAUAAUUUCAUCAGCGACACGGAGAAUCUAACAGGAAGGUAACAGCAGCCAAUCUGUAAGGGCCAAGAUCCAAAGAGCUACUUCAGGCACACCCAAGUACUGGCAUGCCAAUGGAUUUUUGACUUUUUUGUUUGAACAGCAGAUCUUGAUGCCAUUGCAAAAACUGCUUUUGAAAGUCCCCUCUGUUUCAGUUUGCCAUGGAACAGUGAGGACUGCUGUUGAGAAACAUGAGCCCAAAGUCCACUUGGGUACAUGGGGAACUAGUUGCACUGUAUUUUGGACCCUGGCCAGUGAAAACAGAUGGCAGCUAAUAAAGGAUACAACUACUUUCCCUCCAAGAAUGAAGUGUGAAAACACAGAAUGCAUGAACAAGCCUUAGACCUUUCUUUUGUUUUGCUCAGCCUUGUAUUGGAAAAAACACUGUCCUGGUUUGUCACUUUCUAGUGGCCUUUGAUAAUACAGAAACACCUUGCAUUGCAAAUGGAAUUCCUUUCUGAAUGAAUGAUAAUGUUUCCUCAAAGACAGACUCCUUUGUAUUAAGGAUAUCCAGCAUCAAAGAAAUAAAUGUUGAUUGUUUCCACCAAAGUCUCUGAUGGCUAGAAGCUUACUUUUUAAAACCAACAAAAUAGACAAAACAAAUAAGUGACAAAAACCAUAAAAAACCACAAUUGAAUUGCCUUUGAACGUAGGAGAUGAAUCUAUCUCCACACAGAUAAAAUUGCUUCUUAAAAUGUGUAUGUUUUGUAUUCUUUUUUUCUAGUAGGAAAAGAAAUGACUUGAAAUCUUGGUGUUUUUUUCUUAGUGCUGUGUGUUGCUUUUGUGUGUAAUAAUAUUUGAAUGUAAUGACAGCAGUGCCAAUUUGCCAAAGAUGUCGAACAUAUUUUUGUUUCGGAUUUAUUUUUGUUUGGGGGUUGUGUUUUGUUUUUUGUUUUUGGAAUUGGGUGGGUGUUUAAGGUGUGGGUCAGAGGGAGGGGCAUUUGGGAAGGAAUUGAUUUCAUUUUAUUUUGGUUUUAAAUUUUCUUGUCAGUACUGGACUUUGUGAUUUUUAUUCUAAGUUAAAUGGUUGACUGCAAACAUUUUAUUUUAGAUUAGUUGAAGAAACAUGCAAUAAGAUUGGCGUAGUUUCAAUAUCUGUGUGUCUUUUCAUGAGAGUGACUGUUACUUGUGAACAUUUUGAUUUUAUGUAACCUUUAUGUGAGAUAAUUAUUUGUAAAUAUUUACCAUAAUUUUAUUGGUUCCAAAAAUAAAAGUAAUUUUUUUAAGUUCAAAUAA